GAAACGCAAGAAAGAGGACUCUCUGGCUCUCUCUUGAGUCUCUCCUCAGUUUCCUUUCCUUCUCCUUCUCCGCCGCCUCCUCCUUCCACGUGGAGAGAAGAACUGUUCGUUUUCUUCGCCACUUCCGGUGUAGUUCGAAGGAGAGAUGGUGAUGUACGAACUCAUCAAGGGCGACGAGGCCACCACGCCGUCCACGCCUAACAACGAGCUCAGCAACGUCGUCGCCGCCGCGGACAACGCGCUGCUGUCCCCGCACGAGGAUGACAUCGAGGCCGGCGUCCGGAACGCCACGAAUACCCCGCAGGAGAAAGAGGAAGCGCCCGCCGCCCGGGGGUCGCGCCUCGUCUCCCUCGACGUCUUCCGGGGGUUCACCGUCGCACUCAUGAUCUUCGUAGAUUAUGCUGGAGCAUUUCUUCCUGCAACCAACCAUUCUCCUUGGAAUGGCAUAACCCUUGCCGAUGUUGUCAUGCCAUUUUUCUUGUUCAUAGUUGGAGUUGCACUUGCACUCACAUACAAGAGAGUCUCAAGCAAAGCCAUAGCAACCAAGAAAGCUGUACUUCGAGCAAUGAAGCUCUUCAUUGUAGGCCUUAUUGUUCAAGGUGGUUUCUUCCAUGGCCUUCACAAUUUAACUUAUGGAGUUGACAUUUUGAGAAUACGAUGGAUGGGCAUAUUACAGAGAAUUGCAGUAGCCUAUCUGUUGGCUGCAGUAUGUGAAAUCUGGCUUAAAAAUGACGAUGAUGAUAGUGAUGUCUACUCUGGAUACUACCUAAUCAGGCGAUACCGAUUUCAACUGCUGGUGAGUUUGAUUCUUACUACCAUUUACAUGGUUCUCCUGUAUGGUUUAUAUGUUCCUGAUUGGGAAUAUCAGAUACCAGUGGCAGGCUCCAAGACCAAGUCCUUCUCAGUCAAAUGUGGGGUGAGGGGUGACAUAGGACCUGCUUGCAAUGCUGUGGGAAUGAUUGAUCGUCAAGUCCUUGGCAUCCAACAUCUGUAUCAACGUCCCAUGUACGAAAGAACAAAGCAAUGCAGCAUAAAUUCACCAGCUAGUGGCCCACUUCCAUCUGAUGCUCCUCCAUGGUGCCAAGCUCCUUUUGAUCCUGAAGGGCUACUUAGUUCUGUCAUGGCAAUUGUUACUUGCUUGAUCGGGUUGCAAUUCGGGCAUGCUAUCAUACAUUUUAAGGGUCACAAGAACAGAAUUAUACAGUGGAUGAUUCCUUCCUUAUUUCUAUUAGUGUUCGCCUUUUUGUUGGACUUCGGAUUUGGUAUACCAGCUUUCUAGUUCAUAUCACUGUGAUUACAGAUUGAUUAACUUCCAACACCAAGUAAACUUUUAUCUUUGUUAUAGGAAUGCAUAUGAACAAAGCCCUGUACACAUUAAGUUAUACAUGCUUCACUGCUGGGGUUGCUGGGAUUCUCUUCACUGGACUAUAUGUGUUGGUUAGAGAUCCAAAACUGUUCACUUCUUUCAAACAUUUCCAUUCAAUAUGUAUAAUUCUUUCAUCUAGGGGUACAACCAGAUAUGACUACUCACUCUUGAUGUCUACAGGUUG